AUGAUUCUUCCGCCCGUCGUCCUUAUUGCCCUCUGCUCGUCGCUCGUGGCGUCUUCGCCCCUCUGGCGAAUCCUCCAGCCCACCAAUGAGACGGAUCCAUCGCCUCCCCUCCCUCCGGGCUGGCGUGACUCCAGGCGGCUGAGGCUCCUGCAACGCUCUCGCGUCUUCCGUUCCGCCGAUGUGGUGUCCCCGGACACCGAUGAAAUGCUGUACGGUGACAACAUCCUCCCCUAUACCGAGAUGGAGGAGCUCGUGCGGUGUGAUGCUUGUCAGGAGGAUGCGGCGGCUCUGUUCGAUUGGUCUUAUGAGGCUGGUUUGGUGGACAACGAGACAAAGUCCGUCUUUGAGGACAACCUAUGCGUCGUGUCCUUCAUCACGUGUGUGCGGCUGAGUGAGGCGCUGGCGGACGGCGGACCGCGGGAGGGCUACAUCAUCACUCUGACAGGGUGGCCCGAGGAUAUGGAGAUAUCGGAUGUGCCGCUGAUCCUGCAGCAGCGAGGCUGGAAACCUUUCGUCUUUUCGGAUGUGUUCUAUAGGCUCCGUCACGUGAUUUGCUUCUCAGCCUAUCAGCUGCCUAUGCAGGGAAGCUUGGGCGAUGAGAUCGCCAAAGUGACCUCUCUUCGUGCCAUCUUCCUGGCAAAAAUGGUGGGUUGCAUUCAAUGCACACAUUCAUUCACACACAUGCUCGUGCGUAUGCCUUUUUGCAGGACGGUAUGAAGGGGCCCCUUCCAGCUACAAUUGGCGAGCUGCCUUAUCUGAAGGGGCUGUACCUCUGGAGCAUGAAUUCAACAACCGGCCCCAUCCCGCCCUCCCUCAUCAACCUCUCUCGCCUCGAGGCUCUCACUCUCACGAACACAGACCUCUCAGGGCCCAUCCCUGAACACAUCGGCAGACUUCGGCGCCUUCGCGUUCUGGAGAUUUGGGGAAACAAUCGGAUGGAGGGGCCCUUCCCGGCCAGUGUGACAUCUUGCCGCAACCUGACCCGAAUAAGGCUCGAGAGCAUCGGACUCACUGGCCCUCUACCUGGCGAUCUGGGUACCCUGUCCCGCUUGGAUGAUUUGUGGCUGGCGAACAAUUCGCUGAGUGGGGAGCUGCCCCGGUCACUGGUGCAGCUGAGACGGUUGCGAGCACUCGAUCUGUCCAACAACAGUUUCAGUGGCCCGUUGCCGGACGGGCUGGGGAGCAAAAUGAGCAGCCUAUAAAUUCUAGAUAUGUCGCUCAACAAUGUAAGAGACUGUUGCGCGGGUACAUACAGACACACGGACAUCAAUGACUGAAUCCAUACAUAUAAUCUCCCUCUCCAUGGAUGUCUGUCUGUGUAGUUGUCGGGUCCUCUGCCGAUUGAGUUGGGUGGCUGGAAGUCCAUGGACUUCCUUGGUCUGGGAAAUAACAAGUUUACCGGCCCCAUACCAGCAGAGCUGGGACAACUGUCUAAGCUACGAGGACUGUACCUCGGGAACAACAGGGUAGAUACCGACGCACACUCAUACCGACAGACGGACAUCAACGACUGAAUCCAUGCAUAUGAUCUCCCUCUCCAUGUCUGUCUAGUUGUCGGGUCCCGUGCCGAUUGAGUUGGGUGGCUGGAAGUCCAUGGAGUAUCUUGAUCUGACAAAUAGCAACUUCAGCGGCUCCCUAGAGCCGCUACGUCACCUCACGUUGAUGAAGCAUCUAUUUUUGCGAAACAACAACUUCAGCGGCUCCCUCGAGCCGCUCAGCAACCUGACGACGCCGCUUAUAGACCUGGACGUGUCCAACAACUCGGUGAGCUAAAGGGGGGGAAGGCGAUGGGAUCGGCAAAUCUGUGUGUGAGUGUGCAUGUGUGUGCUGUGCUUUCGUGUCAUGUCAGUUUGAGGGUUACCUGCCCCUCGGUUCCCACAGUUUCUCGAAUCUCACCAUCAUCGCAGCAGCCAACAAUCGGUGCACACACAACACCCACGCAAACACUUUUCAUAUAUGCUGCAUCGGUCGUCAGACUGACUGCCAUGUUGGACCGCCCCUCUGAUGGCCCGGCGUACCCGAACGUUCGUUAUCUGUACCUCGACUCCAAUCGUCUCAACACGUCCAUCGACCUGACGUUGUUCCCCAACCUCGAGCAGGCCGACUUCGGGAACAACCGCAUCCCGGGUUUCAUCGGCAACGGAUCCAUGCCCAAAUCGUAAGCGACAUAUAGAGAGAUGAGGACAUAGCGACACAGGUGUUUGCCUGUCAGGUUGAUUUGGUUGAGUUUGGCGGACAACCUGCUGACUGCCCUGCCCGAGGGCUUCCGCUCCAUGCCGAAUCUACUGUCGCUGAAUCUCGCCAACAAUCGCAUCAGCCAGUGGCCCACAUGGGGGUCGACACCGCCAGGCUUAUGCAGCUGGGGGGAACUCAGUAAGCUCCUGACAUCAUACCCAGGCGGGCAAGUGGUCGUUUUCUCUGUGUGACGAUACGGUAGGCUCGCAUAUUGUGAAGGAUCAUGACCCCCCCCCCGACUGGGGCAGCCUAAUCUACUUCCACGUCUCCAACAAUCCCAUCAACACAGACGUGACCGCAUUCCUAAUGCCCCUCAAAUGGCAGAAAAGGUAAGAAAAUACACACACGCAUGAACACACAUACAUGACAUGGAAUGUAACUGUCUGAUCUCUUCGUGUGUGGUAGUUUGAUGGAGCUGGAUGCAUCGAACUGCAGCCUUUACGGCCCCAUGAGUUGCGAGGCCUUUACCGCAUUCGACUUUAUGGACCGACACUCAUUGGUAACCACACACACGCAUCACACGCACACACACACAUGCAGAGGAUUCUAUCUGUGUGCGUGUGUGGUGUGUGCAGGUGACACCUUCAAUCUGGUCGUUUCCUAGCUUGGUUUUUUGUCUCUGAGGGACAAUCGCAUCACGGCCAUCGACACGGGCGACGUGCAGCUGGAACUGUACCACGUCGACUUUUCCAACAACUCGCUUGUGAGCGUGGCGAGCGGCGACUGGAGUUUCUUCGACGUCCUGCAUGCAAGGUUCACGGAGAACCCAGACUUGAGGCACGACUCGGUAGACCCCAUGCCGAUUGAGGUGAGAAAAAGGCGGGUUGUGUGCGCUGGAGGGGGUGGCGAUGUAUCAUCCUCUGUGUGUGUGUGUGUUUGUAUGUCUAUCAGAAGUGUCAGGAUUUGCGUCAGAACUUCAACGAGAUGAGCAUACCGAGACCACUGGUGCCCGAUCCACAGGGUGGGUAACACAGCACAGCACACGCAGACAUCCACUGCCAUCGUGAUGACGCCUAUGCAUGCUUGAUGCAGGAUAUUCGGUGCGUACGUUGGACAACGGCGAGGAGCGUUUCGAGUGCACCGAGUUCUGCUCCCUCUUCAGCAGACUUGAGGUCAGGUGACAUAGAGUCAAAUACACAGCACGAGUACACGUGCUCACUGUACUCGCUGUGCUUGCUACCGUGCGCUGCUCACACAGGUCGACUAUACCUUCAACUCGGAUGCCCUGUGUCGGUGCCUUUCCGGCUACGAGGGCAUCGGCACCAACUGCACCAAGUGCCCGCCUAACACACACAGCAACAGACAAAUCGGCACACGAACAUGCGAACAAUGUCCCGAUGAUGCAGGUCACCAGUGAAGCGACCACAACGCGAGACAGCCCUUCUCAGUAUAUACGUGUGUGUCUGCAGGUUCUGACGAGGGCUCAGCUGCAUGCUAUUGCCGUCUUGGCCACCAGCGUGGCGAUGACCCGUGCGAGCUGUGUACAGAGGGGUCUGUUGGCGUGCAGAAGCGCGGUAACAACGGCAGCCGCGCCACGUUGACCUGCCGGGACUGUCUGCCGGGAUUGGACUGCUCCAUUCCCGUCAACUACAAUGCGAAUGUGCUGCCGGGCUUCUUCCAACUUACUGUCCAGCUGCAAUCUGAGAAUUCAUCUCACAACGCCACACGAGAAGUGACGACGUAAGAACGAAAGGCAAGAAAGGCGAGUGCUGAGCAGGCAAGUGAGUGGGAUUUUGGUGUCUCUUAGAUAUGGCGCUAGAUUGACUCUGUUGCCGAUAGUGGUACCGUGUCCAUUGCGGUCGGCCUGCUUAGGCACCAACAAGACGAAUGGACUCAACAUAUGCUCGGUAAGAGCCAAUUGCAUCAUUGUGACAGCCGCCAUCUUUAUAUUCUUGCCUUGUCUGCGUGUCAGGAAGGGCAUGAGGGAUUCGUGUGCAACCGGUGCAAGGCGAGUUUCUCGCGGCAGACGCCCCCUUGGCCCUGCAAACCAUGUGCCGCACUGUGGCGGAUUCUCCUGGUCAAUGUGAUUUUCGUUGUCGCAACUCUGAUUGCCGUCUUCGUCCUCACAGCACUCGCGGAAAGGUUAGCACUCAUGUAUGUGUCUAUCGCACAAACGCGUCCAUUCGCAUCUGUGCCUGUGUUGUGUGUUCAGGGCUGCUUCCUCCCCCCGUGCUGAAGUGCCGUCGCAAUUAAUAAAAAUUGGGCUCUACCACAUCACAGCCGUACGUGAAGGAAUGGACAGGCACAUGCGCUCACCUUUCAUCACAACCUCUUUGCUGUGACGGUGUGUGUGCAGGUGUGUGGUCUGGCCUUUGUCGUGUUCGACGACUCCCCCUGGGGCGACCCAGAUAUCGUCGCUGAUUGGGUCGUUCUUUGCGUGGGACGGCGGGGUGCCUGA